UUACAUUUUUUUAGUUACAUUUCUCCUCUUUUGCGCCUAUAAAUAGCAACCCUCUCUCAUUCUCUCAAUUACUCUCACAUCAAAACAAUCAACAAUACACACAACUUGCUACUUCAAACAAACACUUUCAAAGAAGAGAGAUGGAGAAGAACAUUAAGUUUCCAGUUGUAGACUUGUCCAAGCUCAUUGGUGAAGAGAGAUACCAAACCAUGGCUUUAAUCAACGAGGCUUGUGAGAAUUGGGGCUUCUUUGAGAUAGUGAACCAUGGUUUACCACAUGAUUUGAUGGACAACGUCGAGAAGAUGACAAAGGAACACUACAAGAAAUCAAUGGAACAAAAGUUCAACGACAUGCUCAAGUCCAAAGGGUUGGAAAAUCUUGAGAGAGAAGUUGAGGAUGUCGAUUGGGAAAGCACUUUCUACCUUCGUCAUCUCCCUCAGUCCAAUCUCUACGACAUUCCUGAUAUGUCUGAUGAAUACCGGACGGCAAUGAAAGAUUUUGGGAAGAGAUUGGAGAAUCUUGCAGAGGAUUUGUUGGAUCUGUUGUGUGAGAAUCUAGGGUUAGAGAAAGGGUACUUGAAGAAAGUGUUUCAUGGAACAAAAGGUCCAACCUUUGGGACUAAAGUGAGCAAUUAUCCAUCUUGUCCUAAACCAGAGAUGAUCAAAGGUCUUAGGGCCCACACUGAUGCAGGAGGCAUCAUCUUGUUGUUUCAAGACGACAAGGUCAGUGGUCUCCAGCUUCUUAAAGACGGUGACUGGAUCGAUGUUCCUCCACUCAACCACUCCAUUGUCAUCAAUCUUGGUGACCAACUUGAGGUGAUAACCAACGGGAGGUACAAGAGUGUGAUGCACCGUGUGGUGACUCAGAAAGAAGGAAACAGAAUGUCCAUUGCAUCUUUCUACAACCCGGGAAGCGAUGCUGAGAUCUCUCCAGCUUCGUCCCUUGCCUGCAAAGAAACCGAGUACCCGAGCUUUGUCUUUGAUGACUACAUGAAGCUCUAUGCCGGGGUUAAGUUUCAGCCUAAGGAGCCACGAUUCGAGGCAAUGAAGAAUGCUACUGCGGUUACAGAACUGAACCCAACAGCAGCCGUAGAGACUUUCUGAAAACAAAGUUGAGUGUGAGCGAAAGCAAAGAAACAAAGAUGGGUUUUGUGUUAUGUUUACGUCAAUAAGUUAAGGCUGAUAUUAGUGUUUAUAUAAUUAAGAUGUCUGGUUUCAUUUGUUGGUUAAUCUUGUGUUUAAAGUGUGGCGUGUUUAUCUAUGUUUAUGGAAGGUGAUAAUAAUAAAUCAGAGUAUGAUAACUCUUCUAAUAAGUAUUGGACAAUAUCUCCAAACAAGUAUCUGUCAAAUUCUAUAUUAAUAUUAUAUUUAUAGUUUUGUUGAAAAAUAAUUUGAACCAUUCAAAUAAGGACAUUUGGCUUGAUCCCUUCCU